GACGGGGUGUGUCAGCUAGCUGCUAGCACACACACACACAUCUAACUGUAAGCUCCUAGCGUAGGUUCAUUUCCUUGACACAACUGGUGUUUUGGAAUGUGGCUUAUGGACAAGCACUUACUGGAUUCAUUCAUUCGGACCUGACCGCUAGGCUGGAUGUGUUGUUCUAUAGUUCUGUUCGCUACAGCAGCACCCCGUUACAGUAGACAGCUCCAUGAACUUGGUCCUGUUACUUAUUUGUAUCUGUUGACAAUGAUUGUUAGGAGCACAAUGACUUAACUUGUUCUUAGAUACAUGUUUGAAGUGUGAGUUAUGACAUUGAAUUGUGCCGAUGUAGGCCAAGCCAUAACUAUGCCAGGUUUGGUAGGCAAAGACAGUGUUUGUGGCCUGUCCUCCAGCAGGAAACUCGCUCGCAGGACAGACGUGGACACGGCCAAGGACAGAAACAUGAGUUUCUGUAAGAGGCUAGAGUGUCCAGCUGAUAGCGUGGAGACAUCCACUUCGACCUGCUCGACAGACUCUGAGGAUUCCAGCUACGAUGUCCAGUCAGUGACUGGCUCCGAGGACGCCUUGUCGCUGAGUUCUGGUCUUUCACCAGAGUACGAGAGGAGACUUCUGGGUACGCCUGGGGAUAGCUGCGAUGGUGGUGAUACCCUAGAUGAGAAUGACAACUGUGAUACUAAAGUGUCUUCUGUCAACCACUUUAGCCAAUGCAAUAUACAACAGCCUUUGCCUUGUGAUACUGGGACUCUAGAGAUCGGUUACAGGACUAGACACUCAGAGCAGAUAUGCUCCGGUUCUAAUGUUAGCUGUAAUGAUCCUUGUGGCGGCGAUCUGUUGACAGUUUCGCCCAGUCACACCACUCAUCCGUGCCAGCAUAAUACAAGUGCCUCCGCUUCCACGUCCAGGUGCAAUACCACCACCGUAGCCGAUCAGCAGGUCACCAAAGAAGUUCAAUGUGAUUUAAUGCUGGAGGUUGACGUCACCAACAGCGCCGUGAACGGUCAGCGCCAGAGGUCUCUGGGGCCCGAGUCGACACUGUCGUCCAACAAGCUUAAGAUUACCAAGCACAUACAGAGAUCAAAAUCUUUUCCCCAAAUGUCAGACAAGGUCAUCUUCAUCCCAAUACGCCCAAGCCCGGAGCAGUCGGGACUGUUCUCAUGUAAAGACAACGAAAAGAAAGUAGAGGGUGCCACAGGAGGCGUUGACCCACCUACACAGGACAAGUCAUUUAAGCGUUCUAGUAAGACCCAUCAAUCGAACCCUCCCGUUGCUAGAGUGAACCCCCAGACUAAUCCCUUAAUUAACCAGGAACAAGCCAAACCCGCUCAAACAGUCCAACAGUUACAACCACAGUUGCAUCAACAAUACCACCCGGCCUUUUGCCAACCUUUGUACGGUCCCCCAAGCAUGUUUCACCCAGAGAACAACCCUUACUGCCAAUCUGUGCUUUACGUCCAGGCCCCUCCAGCCGGCUACUACAUUCAGGAUAUGUACACUCAGAUGCCAGGAGUUGAUAACUUACAUACUAAGCAAUACGUGGCUCACAGGCCACCAGACAAUCCUAGUGGCUAUUUCUCCACUGGCCCAGAGAACAAUAAAAACCCUCCACAAAAACAAAUGGAUAAUCGGGCCGUUGAGACCAACACACCUAAAAGUAUUCGAGAAACUCACAAAAGCGGCAAAUCAGCUGACGAUGCAUUACGGGAGUCCUCAACCCCAUCCACGAAACGUAAGUACAAACAGCCUCUUUUACCAGAUCCUGUCAUUCCAAAGUAUUCUGAAAUGGCUUCCAUGACAUCUGGGACAACUUUGGAAUCUCAAGCCGCUAUGCUUCAAUAUCAACAACAGCAGCAACAACCGUUUUAUGUGCAGUCUUACACAAACGACAACUCAGUCUUUCAAGUCGGGUGUCCUUCGAUUUUCAUGCAGCAGUCGCCUGGAAGCUACUGCGGCCAGCCCACUACAUCCGUGUCUACUCCACCACCGCCGUUGUCCCAUCACACACCAAGAAAUCAAAAUCCUAGUGUGGGUGGUCAAGUGAGCAACUCACAGUCCUCCUCUUCUUCGUCUGGAGGAGUCCACUUUGUCACAGACCACACCGGAUUAGUUAUCUACGGACCGCAAGUGGCUAAUCAUGAGGAUUCUCAACAAAUUCAGCUUCCGUCCCAACCGCCACCCCCUCCGCAGCCGUCGGGCGCACUUACCACAACUUCAUCUGGCGCGGAGUCCAGCAUGGUUCAGCAGAUCGCUGAGGACGAUCGCAAAGUUCAGGCCCAGGACAACCGAAUCCCUCAAACUAACCAGUUAGCUCCUAUGUUUCCAGGGAGUCUGUUUGUCUACAAUGACGCCGCGGGUGCCUUAAUUGCAGUGGAUGCUAGCACUCUUGAAGCACAGCUUGAGGCGGUGUACCAGCAAGGAUAUCUCAUGGCUGCUGCACUGGUUCCUAUUGCAGGUGAACCUUCAGUGACUAGUGCAACUGUAAACAUGGACAAUAGUCCGGCUACUGUUAGGAUGGUGUCCAGCAGCGGGCCACCAGUGCCCAUGCCGAUGCAGGUGCCCCCGGGACAUAUGGUCCAGCAGAUUGUGGACGAGCACGGUAUCUUGACCCACGUGAUACUCUCCCCCCAGCCCCCGGGUCACACGGCUCCCAUGACGGUAGGACCUUACGCUGGCCCCGCUGCCGGAUCUCCGUUUUACCCCUCCUACGGGGCGUCUCAUUACGUGCCCACACCGCCCCAGUACAGUCACCACGCACACCCCCACCCUGUGCCCCCACACGUGCACGGGGGCAUUCCUCACAUCCCUCCCUCCUCUGCUGCCAGCACCCACGUACCAGUGCAGUCCCAAGGGGAGUACGGGGCAAGCCCACCACUCAACUCCACAGAUGACAGAACUCUCAGAACAAGAAACAGGGUCAGGAAAAAACUGCAACAGCGCCGUUUUAACACUAAUGAAGGCAUAUACCCAACACAACCUCGGCCGUUCCCUGGAAGAAGGAAUAGGGUAAAUGGUGACAUUGGGCUUCAUGAACCCAGCCUAGUUCAAGGACAUUGUAUCACCCCAGAGAAUGGUCCCAUUGAUGUGGAGGAAGAGAACUCAUUGAUAACACAAUGUUUAAAUACCAUGCCUGCACCAAAGGUGACAGACAUUGAGGCCAGAAGUAGUUUGAUCCAGUUAUCUCCACCUGAAACAGAUUGUUCUGAGUUAGAUCUGGAUCCAUCAGAUUUUAAAUAUGAAUUACUGCUGUCUGACAAGGGCCGAGAGGCCAAGUACAAAACUGUCUUCUGUGGUGAUGCAACUGAGAUUACAUUAAAAGAUCUCAAACCUGCUACAGAAUAUCAUCUCAAGGUGUGUGCUGUAUAUGGUGAUGAGUUGAAGGGUUCUCUGACAGAACCAGUCAAUUUUACAACUCUACAGUGUGAGCCUGACCCACCCCAAGCCCCUAAACUGUUAAAUAAAACCAAAACUUCUAUUUCACUCAAAUGGAAUGCUACUUGUGAAAAUGGGUCCAAAAUCACAGCCUAUUUGUUAGAAUGUGACCAUGGUCUGGGAGAAAGUAAUUUCCGUGAGAUAUAUUCAGGUCUUCAGCGCCAGUUUCGAUUCACUCGACUCAAUGCUUCCACUAGAUAUGUGUUCCGUCUUGCUGCUGUCAAUUCUUUAGGAAGAAGUCCCUAUAGUGAAUCAGUAAGUACAUUUACCAGUGGGUCAGUCCCAUCCCAGCCAGAUCCACCAAUGCUGUCUGAGCAGUUUGUCUAUGCCCUGACAAUAUCUUGGAUACGACGUCCUAAUGAUGAUGAGUUUUUGUUACAAAUGGAGGAUGAAACUACGGGUCAUGGCUUCAUUCCUGUCUACAAUGGACCAAAUUUAUCUUAUAUGGUAGCCAAGCUACGUAGGAAUACAGAAUACAAAUUUAGGUUAGCAGCCAAAAAUGAAGAAGGCCAGAGUAAGUGGAGUGAAACAGUGUGCUAUAAAACCUUGCCAGAGAAGCCCCACCCUCCCAGCAAACCUCAAAUCAAAGGCAAGAUCAACCCAUACUCUUUUCGUAUUACUUGGGAUCCUCCCUCAGACAGUGGUGGCACUGAGAUAACCAAAUAUAUUGUUGAACUGGAUGAUGGCCAGGGUUAUGAUACAGUCUAUGAAGGUUCUGAGAGAGAACACAUGUUUGAUCACUUGACUCCAGGACAUACAUAUCGUAUUCGAGUGGCAUCUUCCAGCAUGGGGGGCAGAAGUGAUUUCUCUGAGUGUUGUGUAGCUACCACACUACCAGUGCCCCCUGGACAAUGCCAAGCUCCCAAACUUCAAGGCAAGCCAAAGGCUACUUCACUUCAUCUGCGAUGGGGUUAUCCUGAUUACAAUGGUGGCUCCCAGGUGACAACAUUUGCUGCUCAGAUGAUCUCCCCUGACAACACUUCUAGAGAAGUUUACAAAGGACAUGAUAGAGACUGUAUAGUAGCAGGCCUGUUGCCUGGCAGACCCUAUUUGUUCCAAGUCAGAGCUUUCAAUAGAGCUGGGGCUGGUCCCUGGUCUGAACCACUAGAAGUAGUGAGUGGUGCAGGAGUCCCAGAUAGCCCUCGGGCCCCCCAGGUUUCUUAUAGAUCAGCACAUAGUGCCCUCAUUUCCUGGAGCGAGCCUUGCAACAAUGGAGCCAGUAUCACAGAGUACCGCUUGGAGUGGCAACAAAAAUCUGAGCCAGAUUUUACUCAGUUGUAUUCGGGACCAAAUGUCAGUUUUGAUGCUAAAGGAUUAAUUCCAGCCACAAUGUACACAUUUAGAGUUCAGGCCAUCAACAGUGCUGGAGCAGGUCAGUUCUCUGCACCCACGCAAUAUGUCACACCUCCUUCUAGCCCAUCUCCCAUUGUCACAAUCAAGGUGCAAGCCAAUGCCACAUCUGCACAGCUGACUUGGCGAGAGCCCAACAACAAUGGCAGUGACAUCACAUCCUAUAACAUUGAUGUAAAUGAUAAGCCAUUGAUAUCUGUGGAACCGUUGACAGAGUAUCGUCUGGAGGACCUUGCCCCAGAGACAACCUACAAAAUACGUGUCCAGGCUGUGAAUGGUAUUGGUGUUGGUGCCUUUAGCUCAGUGGUGAAGUGUACCACCAAAGCCCUUCCCCCAUCACCCCCUCGACUAGAGUGCGUCUUGCCUGCUCCCACAUCUAUCAAGCUGAAAUGGGGUGAAGGCCGCAAUCCUGACCUGUUGACCUAUACACUGGAGAUGGAAAAAGAAGAUGGAAGCUUCCAACCGGUGUACACAGGACCAGCACACACACAUAAAAUUACGCGCCUACAGGAGCUGACCACCUAUGAAUUCCGUAUCUUUGCCAGUAAUGAUGCUGGCAGUGGACCAUACUCUGAUACAUAUUCUUUUACGACUACCAAGUCUCCACCUCCACCACUUAAAGCACCUAAAGUUCAUGGACUAACUAUGUCUGGAUGUACAUUAGAAUGGCCGAGUGUCAAGCCAAUGGGAGCUGAUGCUACAGCCUACAUCUUACAACUUCUCUGUCUCAAUGGUAAUGAAAUGGAGUACAAGCAGAUUUAUAAAGGACCCAACACACAGUUUCAUAUUGAUGGCCUUCUACCAAACACUGACUACCAAGCCAGAGUCGCUGCUGUACGUGUCUCGGCUGACAACACUGGUGACAUUGUGGGAGCCUUCAGCCCUGGUGUUCUCUUCUCUCCUGUGACCCCAGAGUCACCCAAGUCCAGUGUCCACACCAGCCCCAACAAGGAGGGAACGCUAGAGGAGACCAAGCCCUGGACUGACCAACAGAAAGCUGCAUUAAUUCUGUGUGUUUUUGUGUUGGUCUGCAUAAUUUCUGCCAUAUUGUGUCAGCAGUUGAUUAGCUACAUGUCAGGCACAGAGGAGUCGCUCUAUACGCCUGUCUCUCCUUCUCCUUCUGAUGGUGGUCAGUAGUUGGAUAUGUCUGUCUCCCUCCACCGCCCCUUCAUUUCCUGGUGAUAAUGGCUGGCACAACAUUUGACUGUACAUGGAUGAUGGGACUGGGUAUUGCAUGUUUUAAUUCCCUUCUUUUCAUUUUUAUUUAUCAAAGAUUGUUUGAAUGUAACCAUUAUUCUCAUUUUUAUUCUAGUUGUUUGGGUCAGGGCUCCAACCUUAUGUUUUGUGGCUUAAUGCCAUUUUACAUUUUAUUUAUUUAUUUUUUAUUUUUUUUUUGCAAAAGUGAUAGAUGUUCUAAAUUACUGAAUUUGGACUAUGACAAUGUUUAUGAAGUACAGAUUUAUAAUCAAAGAUCAAUGAAGGUUUGGGCAAUAUAUAGGUAUUAUUUUGUACAUGUAUGAGGGCUGUACAUAAACAUGAAUAAGUUUAUGUGAAGAUUGAAAUGCAUAGAAUUCAAAUGGUAUCACAACUUUAAACAAAAAAUGGAUGUUGUAGUCCACUGAGUGUAAAAUGAAGGCCAGUCUUGUGAUAUAAACAAAAAAACAAAUGAAAUAUAAUCAUAUAUAUUAACUAACAAUUAUCCUCAUUACAGUUUAUGCUUGCUCUAUAGGUACAUUUGUACUAAUACAAUUGUUACUGGUCAAACUAUUUCUGUGAAAUAAAAUUACACAAUAAUUUUUUACUUGUGUUUUUAUCAAAGACAAUAUUUUUAUCAUGUUUUAGUGUUCUAAAGUUUUAAACUCUCCUCCCCCUAACAGCCCUCUCUCAGGCUUAAAACUUUUUUUGUUCUGAGAGCCUUGUUAUUGUUUGUUAUAUUGCAUUGAAUGCUCUAUUAUUUUCCCAAUGUUAUACACAUAACACACAAAUUGUUCAACGGGUAGUUUGUCAGUGUCAGACUCAAGUGUAUGGAACACACAUAGGCCUUGGUGUCCUCUGAGAGCAACAGUGUUGAGUUUCUUAGAUCUAAGCAAAUUUCUAAACUAAAUGUUUGAGCAGUUAAUAAUAUACAAAUAUAAAAGUAUUGAUAAGAUUUAAAUCCAGAAAAGCCAAUAAAUCUUGUGUGUUGAAUAAUCUAGGAGUUAUUACCACUUGUAGUUGCUAACUUCACUUAGUGUAUAGCCCACUGAACUCUUUCACUAACUCAAUCACACUACACUAGACCGUCAAUUAAAUCACACUACUAUGAAAAUACACUUAGUUGGCCACAAGUGUAUAUGUGAUCCCCAUCCAAAUUACUAGGUAGGCAAGAGUCCCAUUUUAGUAUGAACAGUACAGUGGUUCUAAAGUUCGUCAUUUGCAGGUCGUAGUAAACUUUGUGCUUCUCUUAUACCAUUAAAAAAUAAAUGUUUUAUAAAAAAAAAUAAAAGUUGAGAAUUAUAUUUUUAGAUUUUGUUUGAGCUCCAUGGGCUUAAUACAGAAUUAAGUUUCACAAAUACACUCAUCACUACAAAAGUGAACUAACAAGAGAGCACACAAUAUAUCUUGCUCUCAGAGGACCUUCAGGUGUAGACGUGUUUCCAAUGUCUUGUCACAAAUGAUAUAAAUAUACUGUUGACUAUCAACUAAAUAUCUUGGCUUGUAACUAUAAACCCUCUACUAACACUGAAAGCAUAUAUAUAUAUAUAUUAUAGUCAAUUUAUAUCUGAAUGGAAAGAGCUGGUCUCAAACCAUAUUGUUUCAUGAUCAUCUUUAGCUAGGCUAAGAAGUUUUGCUCUGGUUGUCCAGAUUUUUUAACCAGACAAUGUAAAAUAUUUUUCAACUACAAGUAUAUUGGAAUUACGGUAGUGUUUCUAUGAUACAUAAGGCUAGUCAUACAAUGUUUAAAUUAAUAUCCACUUCAGAAGGUAACUGAGUUACAUUGCACAAAUCUAGUGAAAUUGUUAGUUCAUAAAUACAGGAGUAUCUGCCACUUAGCUGAUUUGGUUUUAUUGUAGACUACUAUGCAUAUAUUUGUGUUCUCUCAACUGGCUAGAGCUGAGUCAAAUGGAAUGGUCAAAGUUGUGGCACAAGUCCAGACUUGAUCUCUUUAUGCUUUUGUUGAUCAACACUGGAAAUAUAUUUGACUGGAAAAUAGCUUGGAAACUUAUUCAUAAUUAUGGUCAAGAGCUUUGAAAAUUAAAAUGGAUUUUGGCUUUUUUUUUUUUUUUUUUUUUUUUUUUUUUUUUUGUUAUGUCUGUUGGUCUGUGAUAGGAAUCGGGAUCAAAGCAAAAUGUUAUAUUUUGUGGCACAAUUAUUUGUCAAUUAGCCUUUAUCUGAUUUUGAACAACAUUUUGUGUGUGUGUUGGUUUCAUUUGUGAGUGUGCAUUAUCUGAAUUGUUUUUCUCUGUGUGAGGGUUUCCCCACAAUGUAUUUGGAUAUAUCACUUUCUAUAACUCUGUUUACCAACCCCACUUGAUGGGAUGAAAUUUAUCUGCGUUUAGCAUGAUUGGAAAAUGAAACAACUGAAACUACACUAAGGCUAUUGGAACCAUUUUGAAUUGACAAGACAAUGUUGGACUCCUCGGCUGCUAGGUUUGUCUUUGUUCAAAGUAGCUGUGGGAAAGAUUUGUUGUGAGCAAUCCACACAGUUGUAGGUGAAUCUAGGCAAGCCAGUCAAAAUGAUUGCAGGAAACAAAAGGAGUUGGGUGGCCAAGUGUACAUCUAACUAUUUGAACAUCUAAUAUGUUAAAGUCAUGAUGGAGCCUCUGGGAUUUUUUGCUCUUACUGAAGUCCCUUUAUCCAAAUGGGUCCAUGCAGACAGUUGGUCAUUUUGCUGGCAACACAAUACCCUUGUAAACUGUUGGCCAUGCAGACUGGUGACUUGGACUGUGUCUUGAUGCUCAUUUUUAUUAUAACAUUAGGAGGCACUGAAACUAAUCCAUCCAUUGUUUGUCUUGUGCCUAGAACUCCAGCAGACCAUGUUGUGCUAUAGCACCAGUCAAUCUUCUCUUUACAGCCCAAAAUGUUCAUGAACAUUUUUCUUUUUUGUCCUUUGUGCUAAUUUUCUCUUGGAGGGGGGUCAUCCAUUUUUGUUGUUGUUGAAAUGUCUUAUGAAUCUAUUGUCUUGUGUCUGUGUAUUUAAACGGUGUACAGAACACUUCAACUAACUCUACUACUAAACAUAGAAAUACUAUAUAAAUAUAUAUAUAUAUAUAUACACAAAUGACUAUUCUCCAUGAUUAUUUUCACCAUGCAAUUGUCAACAAGUUUAGAACUGAGACGGUUCUUGGACUACUGUAUAUAGACUUGUGAAUGUGGUCUCUCUGUUGGUUCCAUUUGUUUUUCUCAACUGUAACCUGCUUCACUAUUUAUUGACAUGGAUGUCUUGUUGCUCUAUAGACAAGCAAAAAAAAAAAAGAUGUUUAAAAAAAAAAAGAAGCUUUGUGGUUACUUACCUUGUUUAGUUUAUAUCAUAAAUAAAUAUUAUAUAAAUAUAUAUAUUAUAUAUACAUAUUCUAUACAUAAAAAAAUUAACUUUUUUUGUUUUGUUGUUAACAAUUGUAUGUUUGACCACACUUGUAUGGCUAGUAUGUUGACUAGUACAUACAGCACCAUGACAACAUGGCCUGUCCAAAUGAUUUGUUGAAAGUGUUUGCCAAUGGAGGGGGUCAUGGGUCAAAGUUGUCUACAUUUUGCAUGAAAGACUUUUGGUUUAAUGGUGAGUUGAACAGUGAUGGCAAACAUCAGCAUUUCUUCAUCCAUCAACCCUUACAUUCUGUACACUGCAGGUCACCAAUUCAUUCAUUUUUUAGUUUGCUGGUUGGUGUCUUGCUCUAUUCUCUCAUCUUAAAGGGUAUUUUGGAAUGUCCUCAACAAAAUUGUUUUUUCCUGGCGUCACUCUGUACACCAGUCAUUUAUUUAUCAUUGUGCAAUUCUCGGACUAAAAUUGUUUUAUUAUGUACUGAAGUACUAUUUUCUGUUUUGUUGGGGUUGUUUUUUUUUCUGUUCUAAAACCUGUUUUGAUUUCCAGUUUUGUCUAGUGAUUUUUAGAACUAAGCAACUUGUUUGUAAAUGUAUUGACUUGUAGUGACUUCACUAUUGCUCACUAUUAAUAAGCAUGUGUUAGUGAUCUUGUUGAAUGUAACACAUUUCUUUUCCUUCUCUCUUGGCUUUAAUAUGGGACAUGACUCUACAAAAAGAAUUGGUCUAUUUAAGGUUUGGAAUGACCAUUGCUUCUAUCAUUGAAUGAAACUUGUUCUCUAACCAAACUAGGAUCCAGCCAGACUUAACAGUUAGAGCUCUUAUUAGUAAUCUGCUCAAUAUAGUGUUCUAGUGGAGUUGGAGGACAGCCUGACUCUGGUUUGUGUCACCUCUGCGGAGCAGUUUAGGGCCAACACAAACAUUGCUAAGCCAUUGGUGUUGCCAUUUGUAAAUACAGUCCAAUGUAUUUGGUUCAAAGUAAUAAUUUGUUGUUGUUUUUGUUUUGUUUUGUGUUAACCUUGUUUUUUUUUCUUUUAUCUCUUUCAUUUUCUUUGCUUUGUGGACUCUAUUUUGUUUUUCUUCCUAGUUUCUUUUUGUUGUUGUUGUGUCUGUCUGUCUGUCUGUGUAUGUGAAAAGUUGUAGUUCAGUUGAUAAGGAACAAACAAAUGUCUAAUUCUACAAAUCUCUCAAGUCUGUGGUCAGUACACAUUUUAUCCCCAAGAUAUUUUGUUGAUACAGUUGUAUAUGCUGUGUUCAGAACUAGUCAAAAUCAUGUUGACUCAAUUAUGUUUUUAUAAUUAAUUGUAAUCUUUUUUUUUGUUUUGUCAAGAAACUUUUUUUUGUAUCACUCAGAUUUUUUUUUUGGAUUUGACUUAUGAAAUACAAUUUUUUUUUUAAUUUCAAUUUUCAAAUCAUUCAAAAAAACUUAGAACAGAAAAUAUGAAUUGUUUUGUAGAGAAAAAAAUCAAUGCACACUCCCUACUUUAUUAGGAGUAGUAAAAUGUUAAAAUCUUACCAACUCUAGAAAAUGUACAAUCAUGUUAUUCUUAUGAAAGAUAUUUUUGACUAAUUUGAAUUUGAUGAUUUGUGCAGUUUAUUAAAUGAACUGUCAUACCUGUAUUUUUUUUUUUUUUGCUAAAUCUUUGUGAUUGGGGUUUGUAGUAGCUCUUUGGAUCAAAUUGUGUGAUAUGUCACCAGUUUCUUGACUACUUUGUUUAUUUGAUUCUGAUUUUGUCUUUGUUCUUAUGGCUUAUACCAUGGAUAGUGUCGUACUGUAUAGUUUUCAAAGCUAAGAUCAUUUGACUGUUUACAGCUUAAUCUUCAAAUGUCACAUGUAAGAGCGCAAUGGAUUAAAAUUUAUUCUAAUAUUUUA